ACACAAUGCCUCAUUUGCUCAUAUGAUAAGAAGCACAAUGACAACCUUCCUGCUCCGGCUGACCCGUACUUCGGCGCUGUUCGUGUACGCCGUUAUCACCUUGUGCACUACUGCCAACAGAUCAUUUGCAGCACAUCUGCGUGACACCGUCGUCUACCCGAGGAUCAUUGAUGCUAGAAACGACGUCAACGUAAAGGUGCUCCAUGUCCGCUCCGACCUGAUCUUCAACCUGGAGCCUGCUUCCGUUCUUGGAGACACCAUAACCGUGAUAACGGAUAACAGCAACAGGAAAGAAGUGGACACAGAUUACUUGAAAAAACGCCUGUACCAGGACGUGGAAAACUCCGCCUCUUUGUACUUAGAGGACACGGAUGCUGGAAUUUUGACGGAAGGCGUCUUAGGGAAUCAAUUAAGGAUAGAGCCCUUCAGGGAUGUGUCCGCAAGGCAAGAUGGUGCCAUUCCUCAUAGGAUCUUUGAAAUCGAUGGCUCUGCAGACUAUUCUGGGGAUACUGCAUAUACUUCCAGUGUAGCAUUGUUGUUGGAAAGUUUCGUGGACGGAAAGUCUGACCACUGGCUCCAGUUGAACCAACUUCGGAGGUUUCCUAGGAUGGAGAAGUUGGUUUGUGCCGGAUGCAAGUACUGA